AUGGAUAAUUACCGUCCGGUAUCAAUUCUACCUGUUGUUUCCAAGAUAUUAGAGCGAGCUGUCCACACUCAACUCUACAAGUUUAUGGUUGAUAAUAACUUGUUGAGUCCGUAUCAGAGCGGUUUUCGCAAGCGUCACUCGACUGAAACUGCCUGUAUAAGUUUUACUGAUAGUAUUCGACGUGGCAUGGAUCAGGGUAUGCUUACAGGGUCUGUGUUUAUUGAUCUUCGCAAGGCCUUCGAUACGGUCAACCAUGGUUUACUUUUGGAAAAAUUGCAUGGUUAUGGGGUUACAGGCGGUGAACUGGAUUGGUUUAAGGACUACCUAUCAAAUCGUAAGCAAUUGGUUGACUAUCUCAAUACCUAUUCUGAUCCACUACCAUUAAAUUCUGGUGUCCCGCAGGGAUCCAUAUUGGGACCCCUGUUGUUUGUCAUAUUCGUAAACGACUUGCCGAAUGCUGUGAACUCUUGCUCAAUAUUGAUGUAUGCGGAUGACACG